CUACGACGCCGAAUCGCGCGCAGCACCACCAAAUCCGCGCAUUGGCCCUCCUCCACUCCUCGAAACUCCGAUCAAUACCGGGCCACUCAAAAUGGCGUCCAAGAAGGUCACCACCACGUUCGCGAAGUACACAGUUCAGCCCACCGGUAUCUAUGCGGCGAUCAACAGGUUGUUUGCCCUUGACCCCAACCGCUCGACUGGUGUUCCUAUGAACCCGCAAUUCCGCAACCCUCCCCCCGGCGGUCUCGACCCGGCCACCUACGACGACCCCGUCACACUCCCCGCCGCCGACAUUGCAGACAACCCGUACUGGAAGCGUGACGUGCGACGAGGAUACCCCAGGCUUUCGACUGUCACCCAGGCCGAUGCUGUCGCGCUGCUCCAGGUCGGCAGCGCUGCGGCGCCGAAGCAGGAGCUGAUCGGCGAGGCGGGCUCCCAGCAGCUCGUUGCUGCGCAAGAGGAGGGCGUAAAGGGAUUAGCUGUUGCUUUUGAGAGGAACACGGGUUUGGCCAAGGACGUGCUCGGCCCUGGCGGCAUGCCACCGCUGCCCAGCGGUCUGCACAGCAGCGAGACUGGUGCCAAGAGAUAUGAAUUGGAGAAGGAUCAGUCGUAUGGCGCCGACUACCCUUGCAGGACGUUUGCGUGAGACAUUAAAGGUCGAUUUGCCGGAGUGCGUGGAGGACGAUAGAAGUACCUGUAAAUACCACCGCAACCUUUUCUUUGUGUGAUGUUACGUCAAGAUCAUUCUUCAUCUCAUUAUCUUCAUCCUGCUCCUCUCUCGUCUAUUGCAGUAUCCUUAGUCCCCGCAUCCCACGUUGGAAUGCAUGGUAUGCUGCUGCUGCGUUGUUUCGCCACUUGUGCAAUUCACUCGAGUUGGCGAGCGCGCGUAAGACCAGGCUUGGCAGCAUCGCGACUUCCGCAUCCUGCGCGUCUCACCU